AUGAGCCAUCAUUACCAUCAUCAUCAUCACCGCAAGUCAACCUGUGUAGCCUACCUUCUUUGGUUCUUCUUUGGAAUAUUCGGAGCACAUAGAUUCUAUCUUCAUAAGAAUGGAUCCGGAUUUAUAUAUUUGUUCACAUUGGGAAUAUGUGGCAUUGGAUGGUUGGUUGACUUGUUCUGCUUGAGAAAGAUGGUGAAGCAUUAUAACAAGCAUCACUUUGCUGAUGAGACUUUGAUUGUUGCUCCCGCUCCAAUUAUGUACCACAACCAACAACCAUUUGAACAAUAUGCCUACCCUCCACCACAAGUCCAACAACUUCCAUACGGUGUCCAACCACAACAAUACCAGCCAUACCAGCCAAUGAUGAGCCCAUAUGGAACCAUGCCAAUGCAGCAGCCACAGCAGCCCAUGAUGAUGAUGCAGCAGCCCCAACAGGGUAUGAUGAUGCAGCAGCAACCUCAACAAGGAAUGAUGAUGCAGCAACAACAGCAGCAACAACAACCACAGGCCAUCCUCCAACCAGGACAGUCGUCCAUGGGUCAGAUUCCAAAGGUGAUGCCAUAA